UUAUUUUAUUUUGAAGAGGCUAAUUGGGAAUCUUCAUUAACCUUUGUGAUCAAGCCUACUCUUGUACGCUAACUAACGACAUAUUUUCUUCUUAUCUUAUUGUUGCAGACUUUUGGGUCAUCAUUGAGCUUGGUGUAGGUAAAGAAAUUUCAUCACUUUUGUUCCUCUGCGCCCUUUUCUUCAUCUCAUUCAUUUAUAAUCGAAACCUUUGCUCUGUUACUCCCUUGGAUCACCGGUGUUUGGUUCAUUUGGAGCACUGAGGUCUUUAAUCUGAUUUUUUUUUUGACCAAUUCAUGGCGGAACUGAUAGGACCCCGCUUGUAUUGCUGCUCUAAUUGUAGAAACCAGGUCUCACUCCACGAUGAUAUCAUUUCCAAGGCUUUUCAUGGAAGAAAUGGCCGAGCCUUUCUGUUUUCCCAUGCAAUGAAUGUUGUGACGGGGCCAAAAGAAGACAGGCAUCUAUUGACUGGCCUCCACACUGUUGCUGAUGUUUAUUGUGGUGAUUGCCGUGAAGUGUUGGGUUGGAAGUAUGAAAGAGCUUAUGAAGCGUCCCAGAGGUACAAGGAAGGAAAGUUUAUACUUGAAAAGUCAAAAAUUGUUAAGGACAACUGGUAGCAUUACACCGUAACCCCAAUCCAUUCAUUCUGCUCUUCAUGUUGCCUCUUUCAUGCUUUGUGGUGUAAUCUUGUAUAGGAGAACCUUCAACCAUUUGAAAAUUGUCAUUGUUUCCCCACCUUUAAUUUCCUCAGGUUAUGGCCAGAAGUGAAAUUGGUAUAUAAACUGUUUAUUCCUUGUUAAUAGUAUUGUGUAUUCAUUUCUGCUCUAUGGAUAUCAUGGCAUGGUUACAGAUUUCUUUUUGGGGAGUCGAACUUUGCUGACAGGCAAAGUUUAUUACUCAGGUUAUGGCUUGAAUCUCUUGGAUAUAAAGUAAUAGAUCUUCUUAUGAUUAAAUUUGAUAUUUGGUAAUAGCACAAAUUGGCCAGCUUCAAAGUUUGGCUUUUUGUAUGGUCCCUUUCCACGAUUGAUGUUGUCAUUUUUAAGUUCUGCUUCAAUUUUUCAAUUAUUGUAAGCUGUUCGUACAUAACAGAAUAUAUGUUAUUCUGCUUCAAUAUUUCUCAUUCAUGCAUUCAGUUCUCUUGACCAUUUACAAUGUUCCGAAUUUUUUGUUUUUUUGAAAGGGUAAGGAUAAAGCUUUUAUUAAGAAUAUUA